AUGCAUACACACACAAACCUCCACACGUCUUCCCAUCUGCUCUGUGCACGCCAACCUGCAUUGCAAUAAAGUGGAAAGUGUAUUUCCACGCCUAAGGCAGCUUGUGGGGAAGCCAACGCAAUUCAGUGCUGAUCGUUUGAACGUGAAAGACAUUGCGUCCAUCUACGCAUACGAAGUCCAGCGUACAGGCUUGCUAAUACCGAUACGUCAUAAUAAUUGAGGUGGAUGUCAUUUUUGUUAAUCCAUCCAUACACACUUGGACUGUGGGCUUGGAAUAGAAACCUGACUUUUCUUUGCUUCAGAUGACUGUAUGGAGAUAUACAUUUUUUAAUAAUCAACAUUUGGAUGCGAUUGUACGCGCAUGACAAACUUGAGAACAAUACUGUGUAGUAGUAUAUUUUGUGGUUGAAAUGUUGGAAUAGCAAUACAGAUAUUGAUGUCGUCGGGCUGUGCACACCCAUCAUCCAGAGCGUAGUUUAAACCACCACACGUUAGAAUGGCAGAGCAAGAGGUCUCGCAAGCAGCCGUCCCAAAUGAGUCCGCAGCUGGACCUCCUGCGCCCACAGAGGGCGCCGCAGAUGGUGGGGGAGGAGGAGGAGGCGCAGGAGGUGCCUUGGCAAAUAUGGGUAACAAUUUAAAGAACAAGGUUGGAGACCUUGUCGACAAAAUUCCUCUUCCAACAUGGGCAGUGAUAGCCAUAGCCAUAGUAGCCGGCCUUAUACUCCUCUGCUGUUGUUUCUGCAUCUGUAAAAAAUGUUGCUGUAAAAAGAGGAAAAAGAAGGAAGGGAAGAAGGGGUUAAAGGGGGCAGUCGACUUGAAAAGCGUCCAGAUGCUGGGCAACAGCUAUAAAGAGAAGAGAAUUUUUCUCUAUGCCAUAUGUUCAGUUAUUACACACAUACUGUAUUUGGGUCAUUUCACACUAAGUGUACACUUUUAGUCUCACUGGGGGUCAAAAAUGAAAGUUGUUGUUGGGUGAAAAACUUCACAGAUUCUGAAACUUAAUGAUAUAUACCUUUAAUAUCUAAAAUUACAGAGCGUCAAGUCCAUUUUUACAUGUUUAAAAAGUUCACUGAAAUACGGUAAGAAAAAUAGGCGUCUGGAGAGGACAUUUUGUUUAACAAGAAACACAUCAACCUUAUAACCCUGUAACUAUUAUACAAAUGGUUUUGCGUUCAUUUGUAGGCAUCUGUAUUGCUUAUCAAAUGUCAAUAUACUCAUUUCACCUUCAGGCAUUCUGUAUUUUGCCAUGAAAUUAGUGUGCGGUAUGGCGAAAUGGGAUACAAAGGGGUAAAAUUUAUGUAAUAACAUCAUGGAAUCCAUUUUUUUCUUUUGAUAUAGCUUCAAAUUUGAAUUACACUGUUUUAUUUAGGUCUAAACUAUUUAUUUAGGGGUAUAAUGAUCAAAUAAGUGAGAGACCUAAUCAAACAUGAGCUUCCAAACCUUCAUUUAUCUCAGUAUACUGGAGAGGACAAUUGUUUAACAAUAUUCCCUACAUGUAUGAACUCCAAGAAUGUGAGUUAAUAUGUGAAUAACUGUGCAUCAAUUAUACUUUAUAUAACAUGCCAAAUGUUACUGCAAUGUUACAGAGCAAAAUGACACAUUUGGGAAUAAUAUAAACUACAAAGUUUUCACCAUAAAUGCAACUUAAAUAUAACAUGUCAGAAAAUAUGGCCCUAAUUUGUUUAAGUUUUUAAUAACACACACUGACAUAUCAAAUAAUCAGUAUUUUAUCAUUAAAGUGAUACCUCUGAAGUUUCUUGGUGUGUUCAUUAUUAAUGUUAUUUAGAUUUUUGUAGUGUGAGCCCUCGAAGUGUUACUCAUUGAUAAAUUCUGGAGAGGACAUUUUGUUUAACAGUUUAUUUGAAUGCAACUUUCUUGCUUGGAACUUAAUCAUUUGACAUUCUUUGCUUAAGAGAAAUGCACAGUAAACAUAUAUACCCUACAUACAACAAUAAAAGUUCUAUUUACAGGUGUAGGAAUUUUAACUAAAACAUCAGCAUAUAUUAUCCAAACCAACGUUCCUUGUAUAUUUAACUGCUGGUGCAGUAGUAAAUGAUGAAUGCUUAAAACACUAAAAAUGCAGCCCAUUUGCCAAAAUGAAAACUUACACAGGUGUCCUGUAGUAUCAGAGGACAAUGUUUAACAAAGUACAUAUACUAUUAAUUAUUAAAAUACAUGUAGGCAUACCUUUAAUAAUACUGGCAUAGGCCUUUCAUUUUU